AUGGCGCUUACCCCAGCCGCCUCGCAGGCAAAACGCAAACGCAAACCCCAAGACGACUCAGACGAAUGCAGAGAGAAGCUCCCCCUAGAGGAUGAGGGGCUUCUCGCUCGGCUGGUGGUGCAGCAGCGGGGGGCCCUCCACGAAUAUCGUAGACAGCUGAAUAUAUUAAAAAGACAGCAGCAGCAGCAGCAGCAGCAAGCAGCAGAGGCAACUAAAUGCGCUGCUGCUGUUGCAGAUGCCUGGGCGGCUCUAAACGCAGACAUGCUGCUGCUGCUAGCGCAGAAGCAAGAACAGCAGCAGCAGCAGCAGCAGCAGCAGCUGCAGAGCAGCCUGAAGGCGCUGCUUCAGCGGCCAGGUUUGUGCCUCUUCGACGACGGCGUGCCUGCGGGCAGCAGCAGCAGCAGCAGCAGCAGCAACAGCAGCAGCAGCAGCAGCAGCAACAACAAAGCAGAUGCGGUGAGUUCAGAGGACGAAGAUGAUGCCUUCUCUGCUUUGCUGAGCGGCGCCUCUGCUGCUGGCGUAUCUCUACCUAACGGCACCUGCAGCAGCAGCAGCAGCAGCAGCAGCAGCGAGAUUUCAAGCGAGCUGCAGCAGGUGAAGCAGCGGCUGCUGGGGUGUAGGCAAUGGUCUGUUGAGUUGCUGCAGCAGGUUCUGCUGCAGCAACUCUCGUUAUCUUCUGGGGGCCCCUUAGCAGUAGCUUCAAGCGCAUGCAAGACAGAGGCAGCAGGUGCUGCAUCAGCACCUGCUGCUGCUGCUGCUGCUGGCGAUGCUGCUGACAGCAAGACGCAACCCGCUACUGAGGGAGAGAACUGCGAAGACAGCAGCAAAGCAACAGCAGCAGCAGCAACAUCUGCUUCGUCUUCUCCCUCGGGUGUUGCUUCUGCGAAGCCCGAGACUGCAGCAGCAGCAGCAGCAGCAGCAGCAGCAGCAGCAGGUAUGUGCCCCAGAUGCCUGGCGCUGCAGGCAGCUGUGCGGCGCUUGCGGGUGCGCGCUGGACGGUGGAGGACGAGAAAUCAUUUGCUGCAGCAGCAGCAGCAGCAAGCAGCAGCAGCAGCAGCAGCAGCAGACCUUGAAGUAUCUCGCCUAAAGAAGCAGCAAGUGCUGCUGCGGGCGACAGCAGGGGCUCCUGCUGCUGCUGCUUUGCUUACAGCAGCAAUUCGAGGUGAAGAGAUCUCUGAUGAGGCCGAACCUACAGAUGCAGCAGCAACUCAGCAGCAGCAGCAGCAGCAGCAAACACCAGCAGCAGAUGCUGCUGCUGCUGCUGCUGCUGCAGCAAAGGCGUCACCCACCGCAACUCCUGCGGCUUCUGAGGCCGCGCGCGCCGAUCAGCAGCAGCAGCAGCAGCAGCAGCGGGAGGAAUUGAUGGCGAGCGACGACGAGUCUGCUGCUGCUGCUGCAGUGCUUCGUGUGCAGCUGCAGCAGAAGGAGGAGCAGCUGCAGCAGCUGCUGGAGGAGCAGCAGAAGCUGCGUAAGACAGUGAAUGAAGCAGCAGCAAUCGAAACCCUCAAACGCAUGCAAAUUAUGAGAAGCCCUCCGUUUGUUGAGUUGCAGCAACUCUGCUCCCAAAGGGAUGCGCAACUGGCGGCGAAGACUGCUGAAGUGGAGGAGUUGCGUCGGGAGCUGCUUGAGGAGCAGACGAAGGCAGACACAGCAUUUGAGGAGUUGGCUCGGAAGCAAACGGAGGCACGGGAGCAGCUGUCUGCGCGGCUGUCUUCUCUCUUAGAGGAGAACCAUUCGCUUAAAGCUGCUAGAAAUGCUGCUGCUCAAGAGCUGCAACAAGUGCGGGAGCAGCUAGCUGCUUCGCGACAACUACAAGAAGAGUUUGAGUCUGCUGCCUCUCUGAGAGCGGUGCAGCAAAUGCAGCUAAAAAUGCAAUUUAAUCAACUCAAGAACGCAAGCAAUCAAGUUCUAUUGAGGAAUGAACGGCUGAAGGCAGAAAAGCAGAGGAUAAUUGAGGCUUUGAAGCUCUCUGAGGCGAAUUGGCUGCGCUUAAAGGCGUCAGUACACGGGGAUGGCGCUGCUGCUGCUGCUGCUGCAGGAGCAGCAGCAGAUACCCCGGCAGCAGCAGCAGCAGCUGCAGCAGCAGCGCCCGUAGCAGGAGAUGCAGCAGCAGCAGAUACAUCAGCAGUAGCAGCAAAAGGAGAUUCAACAGCAGCAAAAGAAGACACAACAGCAGCAAAAGAAGACGCAGCAGGAGCAAGACAAGCAGGAGAAAACCCAGAAGCUGCAGCAGCAACAGCAGCAGCAGCAGCAGCAAAAGACGGUAUGAAGGAUGAGGAGUCAAAAGCUGUUGGUGCUGCAGCUUCAUCAGAAGAUUCGCUGCUGCACGUCGAACUUCGGGCGCUGCAGAGGCGACUAGAAGAGCAGCAGGGAUUGGAGGCGGAGGUAGCGGAGCUGCGGCAGCAAUACUCUCACGUGACGGAGGAGCUGGAGGAGGUGUCUAAGGCGUUUGAAGAGAGACAAACAUACUGCGAAAAUCUGCUAAGGCAACUCAGAGAAAGGGAGGAGGCGGUGCAGCAGCAGAAGGCAGCCGCAGAAGCAGCGCAGCAGCAGCAGCUGCUGCUGCAGCGCAUUGGUUGCUUGCAGGAGCAGAAGCUGCAGCUAGAGAAGCAGCAUGUGGAUAAGUUAACGGCAAAGACAAGGGCUUUCUCAGAGGCCCUACAGCAAGCCCAGCACAGAGCGGCAGUGGCAGAUCAACAGCGGGAUGAAAUAGCAGUUUGUUUUGAAUCGCUGCGGACGGAAAGAGAAAAAUUGUUUAAGACGAAUGAUGAAAUGGCCCGCGAGCUGCAGCUGCUAAGUGAAACGAACAAAGCUUUUGAGGGGGUAAUAGAGCAGCAUCAAACAAAAGUAUUUUCUUUGGAAGCCUCUCUGCGAAAACAAACAGAGGCGAGAUUGGAGGCUGAAAAGAGAUUGCAGAAGCUCAAAGAAAGACAGGAAAAACAAGAAAGAAGAAGACUGCUGGCUGCCUCUGAAGAUCCUUCCUUGGCUAUCAACAAUUUGCUACAGGAGGAGAACGAAACAAUGCGCCGGCGACUCCUUUGCGGUGUUUGCACUGAACGCUUCAAAGACCACGUGCUCGUUAAAGUGCAUAGAGAAGAAUGUGAAGGCCCGCAACCGCAAAUGUCCUCAUUGCAAAACGCAAUUCGAUCCCAAAGACAUUCGCAGGGCCUACCUCCAUAA